AUGACGGUGGAAAAGGGGUCGGACCUUCACAGAGCUACCCGCGGCAUUGGUAGCUUUUCCUCCCAAAACGGGAGGCCUGGCAUUCCCGAAUUUGACAAGUUUGCAGAACGAUGGAAGCAGCUUGCCAAUGAUGAGGAUUUGGAGUAUCUCACAUCCCAACUGCCAAAGUACGUGGAGCCGGACUUUGAAGGGCCCGUGGUCACAUCCACGUCAUUUGAGAGCGACCCGAGUAUCUUUGCCUCCACUCUGUUUGAUGAGACUAUCAUGCUAGGCUUGGCAGCCUGCGCUGCAUCGGCCGACAGUGAAGACUCUAUUUCCGUUGACGGCAAAGGCAUGUUCCAACACAUUGUAUCCACCACCUUUCACGGUGCCACCGGAAAUGUCACAUUGGAUCCAUCGACGGGAUCUCGUCUUCCCACGACAGCCAUCUUUCGAAUCGGAAAUGCCAUUGAGGUACCGGUCAAUGAUACACAUGUCACAUAUAAAGUGGUGGAUAGCGAUCUAUUCUUGAACGGAGAGUGGGUUGAAGAAGCGCCCUACGUAUACAAUGAUGGGACCGCCAACAUUCCUAGUGACCUACCACCGCCAGAGACCAACUACCAUUACAUUGGGACGCCGAUGAGAGCCGCCGGUCUGGCCAUGGCAGUCUUUGUGGCGUUGCUGUCUCUUGGAUUUGCCGGAUGGACCAUCUACAACAGAAACGUCCACGUCGUCAAGGCAUCGCAGCCAAUCUUCCUCCUUCUAUUGUGCUUGGGAACUCUCACUAUGGGUAUGGCGAUUGUACCUCUCAGUAUCGACGACGAAAUUGCAACGGAAGCAGGUUGCGACAUUGCCUGCAUGGCAUUCCCUUGGCUAGCCUCCAUUGGGUUUGUCCUCAUCUUUGCCGCUCUCUUCUCCAAGACAUAUCGCGUGUACAGGAUCAUGAAUCAGCCCACGUACCACAGGGUCAUCUUAUCGGCCUUUGAUGUCAUGUCUCCGUUGCUGUUUCUCAUAACGUUGAACGUAAUGGUGCUUGCGUUAUGGACGGCAGUGUCACCUUUGGAAUGGGAUCGUCAGGUCACGGUCAGGGGGAUGUUUGGUAGGCCCACCGAGUCUCGGGGAUCUUGUGUUUCCGACAAGAAUACGCCGUUCGUGGUCACGUUGGUGGUUAUGGACCUUGGUGCUCUUGUCCUGGCGUCGUAUCAGUCAUAUGUCGCCCGUGGCAUCGCAACGGAAUUUGCAGAAAGCGACUACAUCGGCAAGGCUGUCGCAUGCAUGUUGCUGGUGUCGUUUGUUGGAGUGCCGACCAUCUUUAUCGUGUCGGACAAUCCACAGGCCGAGUUCUUCCUGAUCACUUGCAUCAUCUUUGUCAUCUGUACCGCUGUCUUGCUCUUCCUUUUUGUUCCCAAGAUUAUGGCGGCCAGAAAGGGGUUUGACCAAACAGCUGCAAUUCGAAGAUCGUCCAUUAACCUGGGAUCCCUUCGAGACCACACUUCGACUGGUUGGAGGGGAGGGCAAAGCCAACCAGGUUCCCAAAUGUGGUCCAGGAACAGAAACGUGCGGUUCGGGUUAGUAGAGGACGUGCUCGAAAGCAACAACCUUCUGGAGAAUUCAGGGGAAGGAAUUGCCAUUUUCAAUACGUUGGAUGAAUAUCGCCGGCUCAGUGAGGAACAUCAAAAGCUGCUAGAUAAUACGCAGGAACGCAAGUCUGAAAACGAAAAGCUUCUGAGCGAAAUCCAGGAACUCAAGGCAAAAUUGGGCGAGUCAGGAAACCGUGGCACUGAGUUUACAAUCCCAGAAGACGACUCAGCUUUGGAAAACAUGGUCGGCGUGUCGGAACGUCGCGACACUGAUGCAGAACAGCCCAAAGCCGAGCAUGGAGAAGGAGACGAAGAUAUCGUCGAGGCUGAAGGUUGA